CGCUUCCUUCCACUCCAGACUUGAGCGUCGCUGCGCACGGGUUGAAUCUCCGCACCGACGAUUGUGUCCAAGCAAAACUCUUCUCUUUUUUCGUUCACCUCUUCAUGGGUAGAAGUAAAAAACCCACGGAAUCUUCUGUUGCAGUAAAGUGCUCACUUCAAGUUUAAGGGGUUCCGUGAAGGUAAUUUAAAUCCAAGCUUUGUUUGGCUCUGGGAUAAUCGUGCAGGAUCUGCGAUUGAUACGCCAGCGGACUGAGCAACCUGAGUGGAUGGUUUUAAAUGGUGACCAGCCGUAGUGCAAAAUCUGGAAGCAUCUAGAAGCUACGGGACUUCUCCUCUGUUAACAAAUAGAGGGACAAUGUUGUGGGACAAACUGUCCUGGCUGCUGGCCCUCCUGGCUGUGUCAGCGGGCGGGCUGCCACCUUCCAAUGAUCCUCUGUCUGCUCCCAGAAUCUUCCUGUCCUUUAAAGAGUUGAAGUCCACUGGUACUGCUCAUCACUUCUCCUUCCUGCUCAACUCAACCGACUAUCGGAUACUGCGCAUGGACGAGGACCACGAUCGCAUGUAUGUGGGAAGCAAAGAUUACAUUCUUUCUCUGGAUCUGCACGACAUCAACAAGGAGCCGCUCAUUAUCCACUGGCCCGUUGCAUCCCAGAGGAAGACUGAGUGCAUCUUGUCGGGGAAAGAUACAAAUGGGGAGUGUGGGAACUUCAUCCGUCUCAUUGAGCCAUGGAACCGGACCCACCUGUAUGUGUGUGGAACAGGAGCAUAUAAUCCCAUCUGCACAUACGUGGAUCGAGGACGUAGAUCCCAGGGUUUCAGCAACCUACAGGCACUUCAGUCAGCAGGGAGAACAAGUCGAGCAGCAGACUACAGCUCUACAUCUGAGCCUUUGAGCAAUAAGGAAUACAUUUUCCGUCUGGAACCUGGCAAAGUGGACUCUGGAAAAGGGAAAUGUCCCUAUGAUCCUAAACUCAACAGCGUUUCCGCCCUGAUCCAUGGAGAGCUCUAUGCUGGAGUCUACGUGGAUUUCAUGGGAACAGACUCCGCCAUCUUCCGUACUCUGGGGAAGCAGACAGCCAUGAGGACCGAUCAGUACAACUCCAGAUGGUUAAAUGAUCCGACUUUUGUCCAUGCUCAUCUGAUCCCAGACAGCGCUGAACAGAAUGACGAUAAGCUCUACUUCUUCUUCCGCGAGAAAGCCUCUGAGGUGGGCCAGAGUCCCAUGACACAGUCCAGGAUAGGUCGGAUCUGCUUGAACGAUGACGGUGGACAUUGCUGUCUGGUCAACAAAUGGAGCACCUUUCUGAAGGCUCGUCUCAUCUGCUCUGUUCCUGGAGCUGAUGGCAUUGAGACGCACUUUGAUGAACUCAGGGAUGUGUAUAUCCAACCAACCCAAGACACGAGGAACCCAGUCAUCUAUGGAGUCUUCUCAGUUUCAGGAUCUGUGUUCAAAGGCUCGGCGGUGUGCGUCUACUCCAUGGCCGACAUCCGUAUGGUCUUCAAUGGGCCGUUUGCCCACAAAGAAGGGCCCAACUACCAGUGGGUGGCGUACACUGGGAAAAUUCCCUACCCUCGACCUGGCACUUGUCCUGGAGGUACUUUCACUCCCAACAUGAAAUCCACAAAGGAUUACCCAGAUGAGGUUAUCAACUUCAUGAGAAACCACCCCACCAUGUACAACGCUGUUUACCCGGUGCACAAGCGCCCCCUGGUGGUCAGAACCAACGUGGACUACGAGUUCACCACAAUUGCUGUCGACCAAGUGAGAGCGGCUGAUGGGAGCUAUGAGGUGCUCUUCCUGGGAACAGAUCGUGGGACGGUGCAGAAAGUCAUCGUCUUGCCAAGAGACGACUUACAAACAGAGGAGCUGGUUCUGGAGGAGGUGGAGGUGUUCAAGGUUCCCACCCCAAUCACCACUAUGAAGAUUUCAUCUAAACGGCAACAACUCUAUGUGGGAUCUGUCCUGGGUGUGACGCACCUGGCUCUGCACCGCUGUGAUGUGUACGGCGAGGCUUGCGCUGACUGCUGCCUGGCCCGGGACCCGUACUGCGCCUGGGACGGCAAGUCCUGCUCCAGAUACUCUGCCUCACAGAAAAGACGGAGUCGUCGACAGGACGUAAAGUAUGGAAACCCGAUACGCCAGUGUAGAGGUUACAACUCGAAUGCAAAUAAGAAUACGCUGGAGACAGUUCAGUACGGAGUGGAGGGAAGCACAACCUUCUUGGAGUGCCAGGCUCGUUCUCCUCAUGUCUCUCUGAAGUGGCACCUGCAGAAGGAAAACAGCGACAGGAGAAAAGAGAUUCGCUCAGAGGGUCGCAUCCUGAAAACCGAUCAGGGCCUCCUAAUUCGCUCGCUGCAGUCCUCCGACAGCGGCAUCUACCACUGCACGUCCACUGAGAAGAACUUCAAGCACACCCUGGUGAAGCUGCAGCUAGUGGUCCUCUCCAGCCGCACAGUCAACAACGUCCUGGUGGAUACGGGCAACCCAACCCUCCCCCAAAUUCAGUCCAGCGCCUGGACCCCGAGCAUUGGGCAAUACAAGGACCUGCUGACCAUCCUCAGCCAGCCCGAGAUGGGGCUGAUCAACCAGUACUGCAAGGACUACUGGCAGAACGGGGACGACGGCCUUGGGGACGGCAAAGCUAAAAGCCUGAAGGAGCUGAAGGAGCAGAAGAAGCCUCGCAACCGCCGGCAUCACGACGACCAGACGAAUCCAGCUGAGACAUGAAGAGUUUGGGUUUUCAGCCUGUCGCGUUCAAACAGCACCAUUUGUCUACCUUCUAGUUUCUCCUCACAACCCUCCAUUUAAGGGAAAUGACUCCAUUUAACAGACCCUGCAACAGAAAGCAUCAUUUGUAUGUAACUGUUGGAAGAACAAACACAAUAUUUAUUGUAGGUUGUACAAAGUAAUUCUUUAUACCUAUCUAGAAAACAUGUUUUUGUGAAUAGAUCUGUGCAGAUAUUGUUAUAUUAUUAUUAUUGUUGUUAUUAUAAUUAUUAGUGUUAUUGUUUAUGACAUUGUGUUAUUAUGUUGGGAAUAUCCUUGUUUGGUGUUUUAUUUUUUUUUUUUUUUUUUUUUUUUUUAAAUAGCAACUAUUACUCUGGACUUUAAUGGUGUCCAGACAAGGACUGGAGUGAAUAAGCUUCCCAUUUCUCUGCAAUUAUGUCGGAUCAAUUGACUGCUGGCAGUAUCUAAAUCCAGAAUUACACCAGAAAAGCCUGGCAUUUGUUAGGUAAUCUCACCUGGACAGCCAUUGCAAAGGUGGACACUAUUUUACUGUAAAUAAAGCAGAGAAACCACCAUUGAUGGUGGUAGGAAUGCCGACAAACUGCAGCUACAACAGCACAUCACAAACUCCCAGGAACGUGAAUUUUAAGCUCUUUCACAGAAGGUCGAAGGACCUAAAGUGACAAUUGCAAACUGCACCGUUCAUAUUCUUCCAUGAUUAGUUGCUGCCAAGUGUUUUUGUUUGUAUGUAAGCAUCACAUCUCAGUGUUGUGUUCUCGGCAUCUUGUUAUAAGCUGUUUAUCUUUGGAGGAAGGGUUCUUUUAAUGAAACAGAAGUGGAAAACAGAACAUUGCCUUCUCUUCUCUCUCUGUGGAGAUGAGUUAUUCCAGCAGGCAGCUAAAUGUGAGUCUGUGAUUAAAAAAUAUAUCUAUAUAUAUUAGAGAAAGCACCUUUUGUUGCCAGAUUGGUGAUUUUUUUUUAAAUCUUAGAAAAAGCUUGUUUCUAAACAUAUUAAACGCCCUAUAAACUACAAUGCUGUGGAAAAAGUAUUUGCUCACUUUGUGAUAUUUUGUCACUUUGAGAUUUCUGAUCAUCAACCCAUUUUUAAUAUCAGUUACAAAUCUACUGAGUAAAUACAACAUACACUUUUCAAAUGGUUACUUCAUUUAUGGAUUACUUUAGAUAAAAUUAAGGAAAAAUCUAUCUAAACCCACCUGGCCCUGGAUGAAUAUAAUCAGUCUUUUACAUCUGUGUGGAGAAGAUUCGGAUGCACAUUUUGUUUAAAUUCUGCCACAUUGCCACAUCAUCUUUGUCAGAUUUACGUCCAGAUUUGACAAGGAUAUUCCCAAAAACUGCCUAAUUUUUGAGUCUUUGAGAGAUGAACUUGCUGGUGUCUAUUGGACCAUUGUUCAGUUGUACGACUCGAGUGCUUGAGCUUACGUUUUUAAAGCUUUUCUCCUAGAGAGUAAAACCUUUGAUUCCAUCAAUUACAGAAAAGGUUCUGAGCAUGUCCCAGAUCUUUACACUGCUACCAAUGUGUUUUGAUGUUUGUAGAAUGUUCCUUUUCACUUUGAUUCCAAAUGUAACAGGUUUUCAGAGCAUAUGGCAGGGUCAGUAGUGUUUUUCCUUGGCACUCUCCCAUGGAUGCAAUGUUGGCACAGUCGGUUUCUUUUUAUUGAAUGUUGAGCAUUGAAGUGAAGUUUGUAGUGAUUUAAAUGUUGUUUUGGUACCUCCUGGAUGACUGAUUGAUUAGGUCAGCCAGUCUUCCAUGUUUUCUUCAAGUGUGGAUAGUGGCUUUGACUUUGGUUCAUUGGAGUCCAAAAGACUUCAGAAUUGCUUCAUAACUCUUUCCAAACUGAUAGAAAACAAAGUUAUUGACAACUGUUUGUCCUUGAAUAUCUUUAGCUCAGGGCAUGAUGAUUUUUAAAUGCUCUGGCCUACGUCAAAACAUUUAAACAGGUUCUUUUGUAAUUUUUUUGUCCCUGCAUAACUUUCACUAAUCACAGUUUGGGUGUGACUAGGGAUAUUGAACUCACCUCUGCAAAGUAUGUUCAUUACACUUUAUUAAAGAGCAUAGAGCAAUGUUAUUAUUUUGUCACACUGAGCCAGCUUGUUUUGAAUAGUUGUUUUCUCUUUAUCAAAUUAAAUAUCCAUAAAUUCAUUGUCUAUUCUCGCUUGCUGUUACAAUAUCCCCAUCAGUCAUUGGGUGAAAGGUAAGGUUCACCCUGGACUGGUCAUCAUUACACCAUUACAGAGCAACACACAGGACUAACAAUCAUGCAUAUACACAUUUAUACCUAAAGGCAAUUUAGAGAAACCCGUUUACCCACGAGUCAUGUUUUUGGACUUUAAGAGUACCUGGAGAAAACCUCCAUUUGCAUUGGGAGAACAGAAAGACUCCAGGCCAGGACGUAAACACAGGACCGUCUUGCGUCAAGGCAACAGUGCUAUCAACCUCAACAAAAUUGCUUAAUGAUUAGAAAAAUGUUAUACUUUUUCACAGCACUGUAGUUUCUUUUUUUUUUCCAUUCCUUCCAUUUUUAUGUAAAUAUUGGUGAAAUUAAUGUAAUCAGUCUAUACAAGUGUGCAGAUUUAUAGUGCUAUGAUGACUGGUGCUGUACUUUAUGUAUCAUCUGGUUACGAGAGGUUCUGCCGCUCUAUUUGUCCUGGUACAGAGCCAUCCUUUAUUACUGGUGCCACAGACUUCACACUAACUAAUGAAAUGAACUCCUUUACACAGUAAACAUCAUGAUAACUUGCCAAACCUGAAGAAAAAAUUAUACCACAGUCUUCAGACAGUGAAUUUUAAAUGUGCAUGGCAUGUACAGUGUAUGUAUGUAGUGUUUUGUCUAAAAUGUUGAUGUGGAUGUCUUUUUAUUGUUGUGGGAGUUCAGAUCCUUUUUGUUUUGGGAAAUGUUGAAAGAUCAGAAAGGCUGAUUUCAUCUUUGAGUUCUACUUGUCAGAUAUUAGAAGUAGAGGAAGAAAACAGGCUUGCAUAUAUUUCUACUAUGGGAAUCUGUUUUCUCUGAAUAACUGGUCUGUGAGGUAAUGUAAAAUAAGCACACUUUGUGGUAAUGUAAUGACUUGUAAAAACUACUAUCUUUUCUUCCUCAUCAAUGUUGCUAACUAAUAAAUUAAAGCUCUAUAUUUUAUAAUAA